AUGCCUUCCGGACUUAUCUUCAUCACCGGUGCUACCGGCUUCAUCGGCAGCGCUGUUGCCCUCGAAGCCCUCAAAGCAGGUUACUCGCUGCGCAUCAGCAUCCGCAAGGAGUCACAGAUCCCCAAACUAAAGAAGCUUCUGGCGCAAUACGAAGACAAGAUAGAGUUCGUGGUCGUGCCUGACAUUACUCUGGAGUCUUCCUUCGCUGGAAAGCUGGAUGGAGCCGACUAUGUGCUUCACCUUGCCUCCCCUCUUCCCCACGGGACAGACAAAGAGACGUACUUUACUCCGGCUGUAAAGGGUACCACGGCCAUUUUGAGAGAAGCCGCCAAAGUCAGCACGAUUAAGAGAGUCGUGAUUACGUCGUCCAUUGCGGCCCUCAUACCCCGCACGGGAGUCCCUGAAGGAGGGGUGAUCAGAGAGAACAAUGGUUGGAACCUGACCGUCGACCCAAAUGCCGACUUCACGGGUCCGGACGACGGCGCCACCUCGUUCAAACUCUACCACGCCUCCAAGCUUCUAGCGAACAACGCCAGUUGGGAAUUCAAGAACACCGAAAAACCACACUUCUCACUUGUAACUCUCCAUCCUGCCUAUGUCUUUGGACACAGUUAUGUGCAGGCUAGCGCAGAGGAACUCCAGGGUGGUACAAAUGGAAUGAUCUGGGGAACCGUCAUGACCGGCAAGCCAGUUGGAAACAUUACGGGAGUGCAUGUCCUGGACGUGGCUGAGGCACAUAUUAAGGCGCUCGAUGAAAAGGUUCCAGACGGAUCCAAGUUCUUGUUGGCUGGUAAAAAGGCAUCCUGGAGCGAUGUUGCUCGCAUCGUGAAGAGAGACUAUCCGGGAAUUGGCGCCAAGAUCACCGAGGAUAUCCCAGGAGAGUCUUACCCACUGGACACAACCGAGGCGGAGAAAGUCUUGGGGAUGAAAUGGAGGUCGCUGGACCAGAUGGUCAAGGAGGUGGUCGAGCAGCAGCUGGGGUUUAUGAGACAGGCGGCCAUUUAG